AUGGAGCGAUCCCAGGGUGUCGCCGUACCGCCAACUCGCAAAGGCCUCGUGAGGGGUAUUUGGAGCAGGAAACACACCUGCUCGUGUCAAAGCCUGACUAGCGAAAAAGUUGGGAUUCCCGGCCGGCACUUUUGUGAGUACGUACUUCCGCUGAGCGGAACUGGAUGGACAUGGGCUCACGGCUUCCGAGCUGUCCUUCGGAUACGAGCGAGUCAGAGCUUGAUAGUGUAUGGUAGUUUGGUGACGGUGACAAGCCAACUCACGGAUGGCUAG